AUGCGCGCACCGAGGCCGUGGCGUCUAAGUGUUCGCCCCGCGGCGGCAGCCGCUAGGCGGUGGCGGUGGCGGCGGCGGCGGCGGCGGAAGGCGGGGGCACCGUGGGGGCCGGUCCGUGUUUACACAGCGGCGGGCGGACGCGGACCCCGGUGUGGCUGCGGCACGAUGGUCAUGGCGCAUUUCGUCGAGAAUUUUUGGGGGGAUAAAAAUAGUGGCUUUGAUGUCCUCUACCAUAACAUGAAACAUGGACAAAUAUCAACAAAAGAACUAGCAGAUUUUGUAAGAGAAAGAGCUACAAUAGAAGAGGCAUAUUCCAGGUCAAUGACAAAACUAGCGAAAUCUGCAAGCAAUUAUUCACAGCUUGGAACAUUUGCACCAGUGUGGGAUGUGUUCAAGACAUCUACAGAGAAAUUAGCAAAUUGUCACUUGGAUCUUGUUAGAAAAUUACAAGAAUUAAUAAAGGAAGUUCAGAAGUAUGGGGAAGAACAAGUAAAAUCUCAUAAAAAGACUAAAGAAGAAGUUGCAGGAACUCUGGAAGCUGUUCAAACCAUUCAGAGCAUAACUCAGGCCCUCCAGAAAUCCAAGGAAAAUUACAAUGCCAAGUGUGUAGAACAGGAGCGUUUGAAAAAAGAAGGAGCGACACAAAGAGAAAUAGAAAAGGCAGCUGUUAAAUCUAAGAAAGCCACAGAUACCUAUAAACUCUACGUGGAAAAAUAUGCAUUAGCAAAAGCUGAUUUUGAACAGAAAAUGACAGAAACAGCUCAGAAAUUUCAGGAUAUUGAAGAAACUCAUCUCAUUCACAUAAAGGAAAUUAUAGGAUCCUUGUCAAAUGCUGUAAAGGAAAUUCAUUUGCAAAUAGGCCAGGUCCAUGAAGAAUUUAUAAAUAACAUGGCUAACACUACGGUUGAAAGUUUAAUACAAAAAUUUGCCGAGUCAAAAGGCACUGGGAGAGAAAGACCUGGACUUAUUGACUUUGAAGAAUGUGACCCUGCUAGUGCAGUUGAAGGUAUAAAGCCAAGGAAAAGAAAGACUUUUGCUUUGCCAGGAAUAAUUAAAAAGGAAAAGGAUGCAGAAUCUGUGGAAUGCCCUGAUGCAGAUUCACUUAACAUUCCUGAUGUAGAUGAAGAAGGCUAUAGUAUUAAACCAGAAACAAAUCAGAAUGAUACCAAAGAGAACCAUUUCUACUCCUCUAGUGAUUCUGAUACUGAUGAUGAAGAACCAAAGAAGUAUCGGAUAGAAAUCAAACCUAUGCAUCCAAAUAACUCACAUCACACAAUGGCUUCUUUGGAUGAAUUAAAAGUAUCUAUAGGGAAUAUAACACUCUCCCCAGCAAUAUCUAGACACAGUCCAGUCCAGAUGAAUCGGAAUGCGUCUAAUGAGGAGUUAACAAAAUCAAAGCAAUCUGUUCUACCCAAUGAGAAAGGGACCAGUGACUUACUUGCUUGGGACCCCUUAUUUGGACCAUCUCUUGAUUCAUCUUCUUCAGCUUCACUAACUUCAUCAUCAUCAGCCAGGCCCACAACUCCUCUUUCUGUAGGCACCAUUGUCCCACCUCCAAGGCCUGCUUCCAGACCAAAGCUUACUUCAGGCAAACUCAGUGGGAUUAAUGAAAUACCCAGGCCAUUCAGCCCACCUGUAACUGCCAACACCAGCCCACCUCCUGCCGCUCCUUUAGCCCGAGCAGAAAGUUCUUCCUCUAUCUCAUCGUCUGCUUCAUUAAGUGCUGCCAAUACGCCGACAGUAGGUGUGUCACGAGGUCCCAGCCCUGUCAGCCUUGGAAAUCAGGACACCUUACCUGUGGCAGUUGCCCUUACAGAAUCUGUUAAUGCCUACUUUAAAGGAGCAGAUCCCACCAAGUGUAUUGUGAAGAUAACUGGUGACAUGACAAUAUCAUUUCCAAGUGGAAUUAUUAAAGUCUUCACUAGCAAUCCAUCUCCAGCUGUGCUGUGCUUCAGGAUAAAAAAUAUCAGCAGACUAGAGCAAAUUCUUCCAAAUGCACAACUUGUGUUCAGUGAUCCAUCACAGUGUGAUUCCAACACAAAAGAUUUUUGGAUGAACAUGCAAGCAGUUACUCUCUACCUCAAGAAGCUAUCAGAGCAAAAUCCAGCUGCUUCUUAUUAUAAUGUAGAUGUAUUAAAGUAUCAGGUAUCAUCAAACGGCAUUCAGUCCACUCCUCUGAAUCUUGCAACAUACUGGAAAUGUAGUGCUAACACCACAGAUCUUAGAGUGGAUUAUAAGUACAAUCCAGAAGCUAUGGUGGCACCUAGUGUGCUUUCCAGUAUACAGGUGGUAGUACCAGUGGAUGGAGGAGUCACAAACAUGCAGUCCCUUCCCCCUGCAAUGUGGAAUGCAGAACAAAUGAAAGCCUUUUGGAAAUUGUCUGGUAUUUCAGAAAAAUCAGAAAAUGGAGGUUCUGGGUCCCUUAGGGCAAAAUUUGAUCUUUCAGAAGGACCCAGUAAACCCGCAACACUUGCAGUGCAAUUCCUCAGUGAGGGAAAUACCCUCUCAGGAGUAGAUAUCGAACUUGUAGGCACUGGCUAUAGGCUUUCCUUAGUAAAGAAGCGAUUUGCCACCGGACGAUACCUGGCGGAUUGUUGAUGGACCUGGGAGAGUGGUUGGCUCGAAGGAGUAGUACAGACCUACCAUUCUGCAUCAUCUGUUCUUUCCAAACACUCUUCUAACUUGUAAGAUGUCUUUCAAACUUAGGCAUAUUUGAGAGCUGACUACAAACAUUAAAUCGCACUUUUAAAGUGAGUCAUUGAAAGAAAUAGCACUGAAAUGAUUUUCUACGCUGUAAAUGAUCAACUGCAAUAUUCAGGAAGCACAUUUAUUCAGAUUCUCAGUAAAAAUGAAGUUUUCAGAGGCUGAAAAUUUAAAUUAUCUUCAGUGUCUAUGUUGAAAAAGGGGUUAUAGUUAAUAUCAGGCCUAAAAUUUCAGGAGAGCAAGCACAAAAUAAUUUAGCUUUCCAUAAAUUUUUAGAGUCAGAGAUAGCUUUGAAAGUUCAUAAGUUUGAUAUUUAAUGGAUAUAAGCAGAACAUGAAUUCUAAGGUUUGGAUAAUGUUAACUCAGAACACUCAAUCAGAUUGAGUAAUAUAGUAAUUGAGUAAUUGAGCCAUAUAGUAAUCAGACCGGAAUCCAAGUUGUAUGCAGAAAAUCUGUAAUUUGAAAUAUAUUAAUAAAGUGUAAAUGGUGUUUUAUGUGAUUUUUUAAAUUCUCAAGUGCAAUGUGUUUUAAAAUAAGCUUGCAAAAGACAGCAGAGAAAUUUACUUCUGCACUUAGUUAACUUGAUAGAAGUUGUGAUUGUUUUGGUGAAUUAAUGCUGUAGAUUUAAUUUAUUUUUAUAUGGAUUGCGUAAUGUGUGCCUUUUAAAACAAUAACAAAACCAGAAAUGUGCCUAUCCAGUUUGUGUUCAUUAAUGUGCCUCACUUUUUUUUUUUUUAUCACAGUCUAUCUAGACCUAUUCAGAAUCUUCCAGUGGACAAGCAUUUUUACAGGAUAUUUGCAAUUUUUGUAAAUAUGAGGGUAUUUCAAAAAGUUCAUGGAAAAAUAGAAUUAAAGAUAAUAUAAAUCUUUCCAUGAACUUUUUGAAGGACCCCUUUGGCCUGAAACUGGGAAAGGAAUUCAGAAUAACUAAAGGAUAAUUUAUAUGUAAGAAACUCUGGCUCACUUCUUUAGUGAUACACUGUAGCCACUAGAAAGAGAAAUAAACCUAAUGACUUAUGUUUACAGGGGAAAAAAUUACCCUCAGACAUUUGAUAUUAACCUCAUCAAAAGUAUGUGAAUUUUAAAACAAAUUCUGAAAUACUAUAAUGGUAAAUUGGUAACUGAUAUUUUAACUCUCAGUUUAGCAUUUCCCUUGAUUCUGUUCAUCAUAGGAAAUUUACACAUUUAUUUACUGAUUGUGUUGUGAACAUGAAUUUUGUGAGGAAUACAUUUUUUAAAAGAUUAAUUUUGGCAACAGAGGGAGAAGGACUGCCAUUUAUUUUCAUUUCUACAAUUGGAAAAAUUACCAAUUUGUAUGUAUGUUUUUAUUCUUAUUUGAUUCUUACCUGGUAAAAUUAGGGAAAUUAUUUGAAAUGAUUCGGUUAAGUAUUAUUUCUUAAAAUAAACUACUAAGACUAAAUAGUAAAUAACCUAACUUUGUAGCAAAUCCUGAUUAAUUGAAGAAAUGAAAUACUUUGGACAAAGUUUCAUAAUUUACA